AUGAGUUACCACUCAUGGCUUUUGCUUGGUUCACUUUUCAAAAGGCUGCGCGGGAAGUCCUGUCUGCGCCUGGGGGCCGGGGUGGGAGAGGGGGAGCCGUCUACGGAAGACUGCAUUCUCGCCAUUUUCUCCACCAAAGGCAACAUCCUUGAGAGCGAGGGGGCUAUUGAGGAGCUCGACAGCUCCAAGGAGCAGAGCGACCGCAUUGCGAAGCGGCAGGAGGAGAUUGAGGCGAUGGAGCGCAUUAGUGAUCGCACGCGCAACAUGUUCAUACCUGCUGCUCACCUCGGAGCCAUUCUGUUCUUCUGCGUCACGGAGCUCGCCAACAUCGAUCCUAUGUACCAAAACUCGCUGCAGUCCUACAUGUCCAUCUUCCAGGAGGCGUUGAUGAACAGCGCCAAGUCGAGGUGGAAGAGCGCACCGAGGCCAUCAACACCACCUUCAAGCGCAGUCUGUACCAGCGAAUUUGCCGGUCCCUCUUCGCGCGAGAUCAGCUGCUCUUCUCCUUCACCAUGUCGCUCAAGAUCUACGGUGUGGACCCGACGCUGUUGCGCUGGGUGCUGA